CCGCUUCCGCCGCCUCCACACGCCCCCGCGUCUCUGGUGUCUCGCAGCCGGAGGCAGUGCGGACUCGCCGCAUCUCGCAGACAUAACAGAAAACAAUUUCAACAUGUCAUCAGUCAAGCGUUUGGUUUAUGCAGUCAUCCAUUUCUUGAGAGAACAGAGUCAGAUGGAUACUUUCACUCCAGAUGAACAAGAAAGUUUGGAAGUUGCAAUUCAGUGUCUGGAGACUGUGUUUAAGAUUACCCUGGAAGAUACUCAUCUUGCAUCCUCACAGCAUUUGAUAGAAAUGUUCACAAAUUCUAUUCAAAAGAAUGACAUGCUGCCUCUCUCACGUUCUUUACCAGAAGGUGUUGUAAAGGCUGACCAACUGAAGGAUGAAGGUAAUAAUCAUAUGAAGGAAGAAAAUUAUGGUGCUGCAGUGGAUUGUUACACUAGGGCUAUAGAACUGGAUCCAAACAAUGCAGUCUAUUACUGCAACAGGGCUGCUGCUCAAAGUAAGCUCAACAACUUCAGGGAAGCAAUAAAGGACUGUGAGAGUGCCAUAGCAAUAGAUCCAAAGUACAGUAAAGCAUAUGGAAGAAUGGGGUUGGCUCUGACCUCAGUGAAUAAGUAUCAAGAAGCAGUUACCAGUUAUCAAAAAGCACUCGAUCUUGAUCCAGAGAAUGACUCUUACAAGUCAAAUUUGAAAAUAGCAGAACAGAAACUAAGAGACGUGUCCAGUCCUACUGGAACUGGACUGAGUUUUGACAUGGCAAGCUUGAUAAACAAUCCUGCCUUCAUUAGUAUGGCAGCAAGUUUAAUGCAAAAUCCUCAAAUUCAACAACUGAUGUCAGGGAUGAUGUCAAAUGCCAUCGGUGGCCCUGCUGCUGGGGUUGGUGGCCUUUCAGAUUUGUCCAGCCUGAUCCAUGCGGGGCAGCAGUUUGCACAGCAGAUACAGCAGCAGAAUCCUGAGCUCAUAGAGCAACUGAGAAAUCAUAUCCGGAGCAGAUACUUGAGUGGCAGCACUGAAGAACAUUCCUGACUUCAAGGAGUCAUGUGAAUUGGAAUUAUAUAUAACCCCCAAAUGCAUACCAUAGUUAGUAGCAAAAGCACCAUUGUAACUCUUCUGCUUGAAUAGAAGACAGAAAAUUCUUUGUGUGUGUUUGCAAACAAGAAUAAAUCUGGUAAACCGAUCUCUUGCACAUAACUUGGAACAUAGCGUUUAUGUAUAGUUACUCCUCUGAAAAUUAAUACACUGAAUAGGUGGUUUAUUAAAAUCCUCAAGUCCAAGUCAUUUCAGUAUGUGCAUCAGAUUGACCUCCGGGACUACUAAAUGGGGAGGAGUCUUGUACUGUGCUGAUCUUGCCUAACAGCUACUUCUAAAAUGCUAGUGUAGAAGACAUGUUACUUCUAUGGUAAGAAUAAUGAUGGCUGUAUGUACUCCUUUAAACAGUAUUGAAAUAUUGAAAUAUUGAAACAAUAGGCCCACCUGAUGUGCCCUUUUAUAAUGAGCAUUAAGUAGUGUUGGAAUAUAAGAGUGUAUUUACAACUCAUGUUUGAGAAGUCUGUUUCCUUAAUCCUGUGAAGGGGCCUUCAUGUGUAACAGGAAAUACUUUUCAACUUCAUUGGGCAGAAGGGAGGGAGAUUACUGCAAAUGAAGGAGUACCACACAUUGUAGAGAAAGAGAAGACAAUAGUUCUGUGUAGGAUAAUGCACAGAAAUCAAAAUGGAACUUGGCUUGUGAAAAUAAGGAGAAAGUUGUAGGCUUUUCUACUGCCAUGUAUACCCCUCACAUCAUGAUGGUAGCCCUGGAGGUCAGAAUUGUGGCACUAUGUUCCUAGGCAUGGCAAGCUGUAUAACAUUCCGUAUGUAUGCAGUAUUUAAUAUAAACUUAAAAUUCUUAACUGUAAUAAGCUGAAACUGAGCCUGUGACUGUACAAAUAACUAGUACUGAAAAUUUUAAAAAAGAACUGCCUUAGAAGGAUUCUUUUUUUAUUCUUGUGUGAUAAAUCACUGGCUUAAACAAUUGGGGAUUUUUUUUAAUUACACAUAUCUAUCUAAAAUUAUGAUUAUAUAGUCAAGUCGAAAGAUUUUUUGACUCUAUAGUUUCUUGCUCAGUUAAUAUUACACUUGCAAGACUGCUGCUAUUCUGUAUGUCUAGUAUGUUAACUUUUUUUACUCUGCUUAUUGUUCAUUGCUGCUUUCUGAUACAAAGUACACUUGUUCUUAGCCCAGGGAGGCUCUCAACACACUUUCCUCUUUGUAUAACUAAACUAAUUUGAGGAGCCUGCUUUGAUUUCUUAGACAAAGUGAUCUCUCACGGCCAGUUAGUCUGGAAGGAGGUAUGUGGAGGAGUAACAGUAGACUCCCAAAUGGAGAAAUGCACAGGAACUCCUGAACCUUUAUAUCCAAUUAAUCUUGUGCUCAUAAAAGAGCUCCUCCAGCAGAAGCAACUGCAAAAUUUGGGGCUAAGUUAUACUUGAUUCUAACAAAUUACAGUUGUGCAUCUGUGGUAUGAACCUUACCCUACUAAACUAGACAGAAAAAUGCAGUUGGAUCCAAGGAGAAAUGAAAGGAAUUGGAGAAGACACAAAUCUAGGAAAUCCAAAUGAUUGUCUGUUGAAUAAAGAGGUAAAGCUUAAUAGAUAAACAAUUUUAAGACAUUUCAUACUUUAUUGAAUAGCUUGCCUAUGUACAGCAGUAAAAUGCUUUUUAAAAUUCUCAAGUUGGUGUAGCUGCUUUCUUCAGGCUGUAGAGAUACUUAAGCUUUAUAUUAAAUACAUUUUCAUGUAACAGCUUCUGACUUAACAUCUGAUGACAAGAAAGAGAAUCCCUAAAAGGGUCUUUUUUCAGAGGUAGCUCAGAUCCUGAAUCUAAUCCAUUCAAGGAAACUUACUUAAGUUCAAUUACACUGAGUAGGACAGGAAUACCGUUUAGAAGGAAGAGUUAUGGAGGCUCUGGGUGGGCAACAAAAACUGUAGAGGUAUUACUUGGAAUAGUGUGUUGUGUCAGGAGGGAAGCAUUGCACCUAGUAUGUAUCCUAAUUGUCUUUCAUAUCUUCAGCUGCUCAAAGUGUGUUUCACUAACUUUCAUAGGAGGAACCAAAAAAUCCAUGGCAGACUGGACAGCUCUGCCAAUAUCUCUACAAACUCAUUCUCACUUUGCAACAGUAAUCCUCAUGCAGUUAGUUACUUUUCUGCUAUAAGACAGAGUGUCAAUAAUUUCAUGAGAGUUCCUUAAGAACUACAAAAUAUGUUAACAUCCAAAGAGGGCAGAAGAAGUUGUGUACUUGUAUUGUCAAGAACAAGCUCCAUAGCUUACUGGAUUUAUGGGGAACAAUCCCCAAGGUUAAAUGGAAUGAAGCUUUGGUUAUCUGAAAAACUGCUCUUGAAGUCACCUUCAUGGAGCUGUGCUUUUCAUUUCACAUGCUACAAUAUUGUUGUGUUUAGGUUUUUACUUCAGAUAAUACAGAGUAUAUAUUAAAAUGUUAACAGCAUUAGCUAGGCCUUCAGGAAUGUGCCACAACUGACUGGCACAAUUCUUUACUAGUAAACAUUCUUUGUUUCUUGUAUUAACAGAAAGGGCUUUAUUGCCUAAACAAAAAAAAACAGUGAAACCAGUAACAGGAGCUGUCAUUAUAUGCUUUUCCACGAAACCAUGAACAGAGAGAUCAUUUAUGCUAAGGUCUGCUUUUCUUUGAAUUGCCUGGAUUGUUUCAGUCAUGCAAUAUGUCUUAAUCACAGGGUAUGGAAGGAAUCUUUUCAUGUGUAGUAACUGCACUGUAUUUUGUGCUAAAAUUUUUCAUCUUGCUAGAUAAAGUGGUAAACCACAAUCCCUGUAAAUAGUGCUUUAAUUUAAGGUCAGUUGCAGUUUAUCCCUUAACUGAGCAAAUCUGUAUUUACACCUAAUUGGUUUUGUAUCAUUACUGUUCCAUCAAUGUGUAAGUAUGAUAAUUUGUUAGAGAGGAAAAUAUUUUGCAAUCUAUUGUAAACUCCUGUAACCUGCUUGCAUGGGAGUAUAUUCUUCUAACUGUGAUCAUAAAGAAACCUAAUGAAAUAUUCAGCUUAGAAAUUGUUUCAGUUGCACUCUUGGUUUUGUAACAAGUGCAAAGUAAAAUCACUCACGCAUACUAACAUAGAACUAGCUCUAACUUUGAGUAGAUUGUUUUAUGGCAACAGAAAAUCAUACUGGCAUAAUGCAACUUGUCUACUAUUUCUGUCUCUCUCCUACCUCUUACUGCCAUGUGGUUACAUCUCCUUCAAUUUGUGUAGUCUAACUUGAAGAUACAUUCUAAAUAAAGUUAUAUACUUUUUUUGUCUCUA